AUGGCUCCCAACUACAACCUCCUCCUCCCCAUGAAACUGGACGCCUUUGUCUUUAACGAAAAGGUGUGCAACGGAGUAGGACCCAACAAAGCAAAAAUUGCGCCCAUCACGCAGCCCAACUACACGUUUCUCCAGAUCAAAGAAGUCCAAGCUGACAUCCUUGAACACGUUGACAUCCACGCUUCGGCACCCGCAAGCAAGAACUCACGCUAUACCGACAUUGGUAAAGCCACCGUUCGACAGAACCGCCUGGGCGUGUACGUUCACUGGAGUUUGCCGCGACCUUUGCGGUCCGGUGUUGCUACAACCGAAAAGCCGGACGACAUCAACGACGGCAAGAAAGACCCCUCGGAAAAGUUUGACCCAAGCGCACCCAGAUACCCAGCGAUCCCCAAUCGUUGGCUUGUCAUCCGGCACAUCGAUCCAAAUCUUAAUCCCGAGCUGCCCAAGAACUACGACAAGAAAAAAGAUGAGUUCAAAUCAUGGAUCAUCGAAAGCGACAAGACCCGAAACAUCGACGACAUCCCUAUCACCGCCGAUCUCGAAGUGGAUGUAUCUCCUUUCAUCACUUCAUUUUUCGAGGGGUCAGCUAAAGACAUCAAGACCGAACAACAAGCCGAGGUGUUCAUAGGAUCUUGCGUGGAAGCCGCCACAUGGGAUGCCGAAGACAAGCCCAAGCCCGAUGAACAGAGGGUUGGGCUGACGGCUGCCAGCAGCUCGAACCAGCUGUUCAUCGACUACCAGUAUCACUGCGGCAACGUGUUUUCCAUGCUCGAUACGUUCUCCUACCAGGACGAACAGGACAAAACCUGCUGUCUCGAGUCCGCUGUUGCUCACUACUAUGUGAUCGGGUGGCACAACGACCCUGAGAAGGACAUAAUGGGGCAGUGGUCCGGUGACCAGACGUCGCGGGCUGCCAAGCUGCAGAAGCUGCGGGUUGGUAUCGAGACGAAGAUCCCUCAGGACCAGGAGGGCAGCAUUCAGGAGUGGCUGCAAAAUGCCGAAAGUGCGCGCACACUCUGCCACGGAGCCAUGUACGCCGUGGUCUGGAAUAAGGACAACCUUCCCAAGAAAGUGCCAGCUGACGAAGUGGCCAGCGCAAUGGCCAACAUGCCGUUUUCUGUCGGUGGCAGCCCGAUGGAUGCUGUACUUGCCUACAUUGGUGAGCGUGACCAGUCUGGGGUUAUUGAGGCGUCCAUCGGUGCUUUGCAGACGCUACAUCGUGGUGCAGACGACGGGGUAGACGCCCAGAUCGCUGCUGAUGACGAGGUACAAAGCUCCCACUUUGCUCACUUGGACGGCGGCGACCACUUCUUCUUGCCGGCUCAGGAGGGCGAAAAUUUUGGAGCACCUCCUUCAGACAACGACCAAAAGGUCGUGCGGUACAUGAACUGCGCCCAGCACUUGCUCGAUGCGACAAAUCGUCGUAUAAAGCAACUUCGUUGGGACAUGUUUUCGUGGUGGUGGAAGCUUGUGUCCGACAUCGACAAGGGCGUGGCAAAGGGAGAAGGUCAGGAUGAGGAUGAGAGUGGGAUCCAAACCACGGACGACAAGGAGGCCUAUGAAAUUCAGGACGAAAUUGAGGAGCUAGAGGCCAUGGCCUCCUACCUGGCAACUUUCAUCAGCAAACAGGCAGCAAAGGUAUCUGCGAAAAAGGGUGUCAUGGAGGCCUUCCAUCAGCGAAAUGACCCAACCCUCGUUGUCAGCAACAUCGAGACAGGCUGGCCAACUGACUUCAAUGAUGUCCUCCGUGCACGACUAGACGUCCAAACUGUUGCCAGCAAUGCUCCCGAACCACCUUCUAAGGCCUGUGUUGACAAGGUGCACGGGGACGUGGUCAAGGCGGCGCGGAAACUCGUCAAGGAAUUCUUGUUCUUCAAGAAUCUGAACCCCGAGAUGACCUACGCCAGCGGAGUUGUGCCUUUGUACCACGACGGGAAGCAUCCGUCCAAGCCGGUAGACAACAAGACAAACCCCUGGCGAGAUCGGUGGAACGACACACAGGCUUGGUUUCCGCUCUAUGUCGAAUGGGAGGCCGAGUAUACCCAUCAAUCUUUCGAAGAAUGGGAGCUCGGUCAACGGACACCCCGCGCGGCUGCUACGGCCAAGAUCGCAUACAUGCCCAAGAACGAUUUCCAAGUGGGCGAUAAUGACUCGGACAAGCCCAAAGACAAACGCACUCUCUCAGGACGGUCACUCAUCUUGCCCCAACCAACUUCCGCGAUGCGCGUCCAUGUAGAGCGUCUUUUUGCCAACUUGCCCAUUAGCCAACUGAACUCCAUGAUCAAACCGAAAGAGCGCAAAGACAUGCUCAAAAAGCUCGACGAAGUGGCCAUGCUCUCUUUACCCCUUGCCGGCUUGACGGACCACCUGACCACCCGCUACCAGGGCUCUCACGUCAAGCCGCUAGUCCGCCAACCAGGAAGGGAGCCGGUUGUGCUGCAAGAAGCCAUCGAUCUGCUCCCGUCGCCUAUACCAGGCCGCAACAAGAAGGCGGAUUUGUCCGUGAUCAAAGAGGAGAGCCAUCUGACGCCGUACGGUCCCCUCCCUGCGCUCGUCGGCAGCUACAUCUCAGGCUUCAAGCCGGUGACGCACGGCAAAAUGCGCUUUACCAAGAUUAACAUCAUCGACAAGUUCGGACAGGUUGCGCACGCCAUUGAUCCUAAUGCGGAAGAGGGUCCACUGAUAUAUCCAUCUGUGAGCCAGGAUUACAGCAUCGACGACGCCGACCACGACGCACCCGCACCACCGUUGAAGCGCGAGUCCAUCCAGCUUCCACUAGCAAUCAACCAGCCUGCCCGCCUUAACGCCCACUUCCUCGUUCGUGAUAACAAUCCAGGCCGCAUCAGCGUCAGCGGUGACAGUUGGCGUCCUUCCACCGAGUUCGAAAAACCGAUAUGGGGAUGGGUGGUCGUCAACUACGUCAACCGCGGCCUGCAAUUCUUCCUGCCGGAUGGGACAUUCUACCGAGAAGUCCGAUCAACAGCGGGCGCCAUCAAAUGGCUUCCCUUCGAAGAGUCCCCUACGCCGAGCAACAACGUACAACUGGACGCACUAAUUGACUCGCUGGUCUCCCACAAGGAGCGCCUCGAUGCGUUCACCAACAUGAUUAAUCUCGCACUAAGCAACUCCGUGCCGACGCCCAGCGCAUACAGUCAGUUCAUGAACUCACUCGUCGGUCGACCGCUCGUGCUGGCCAACAUGGGCUGGUCGCUUGAGCUCAACACGGACUCACUCAAGAACGAGUCCACACUCAGCGAGCAAAAGCCCGAACACGCCCCGCUGGACUCUGGUUUACUAACUGGCGAUGGCGGCAGCAAGAAGCAGUACAAGUUCAGCCUCCAGCUUGGCAACAAGGGCAAGAACCACGACGGGUUAGUCGGUUAUUUCCUCGCAAAGCCUUCUGGCAAGUCGAAUGAUGACGACAACGACGAUGAUGACGAGGAUGAUGAUAAUGAUGAUGACACACCUGGCGACCUAGACGUCAGCAAAAUCUACACCCACUUCAUUGAGACCCAAAACCCAUCUGAUGCGUCCUUCCUGCAACCAGUUGACAGCAAGGCAUACCCCAAACUCAAAGCCUUCUGGUUAAAGCCAAAGGAGUACGCACCCACCAUCGUCAAAGGUAAAGAAGUCGACGUCAUAACCAACGCUCGCAAAUUUGAAGCCAAGCGCAACAACGAACUAAGCGGACACCUCUUCGGCGCCCUCUUUGACCCCUUCGCCCGCAUCACUGGCUACUCCGGCAUCCUGCCCCCUCGCACGCUACAGCUGCCCAGCUGGGUAUGGGAAACGGCCCUGAAACAAAUUACAACCUUCUUCCAUGCGGGCCCGCUACUGGUGACGGAAGCCGUGCCGAAGUUUGACAAAAAAUACCAGGUGAAGCAGGACUCCUACAGGAAAGAUGUGAAGGAGAGCGUCAAAGGAGCGCAGAUGAGGUUACCGGCGUUGAAAGCGGCUGAUUGGGCAUGGCUUCAGCCGUACUAUGAGCCGGUAAAGGAGGAUGGCGAUGAUGAUAAGAACAAGCAACUGCGGCUGAGAUCACUAAAGGGCGGUGGGGAAGAACCACCCAAGCCAAAUCCGAAAAUGCAGCAGGUGUACAUGAGCAUAGAAAUUGGGGGCGAUGCGGGUGCGGAUGAAGCGCCGAGGUGGAAGAAGGGGCCGUUGACGGCGGUGGAGGGGUUCAUGCAACUGAAAGAGCCCGUCGAGCAGGGGAACAAUAAAGAGGAGCCUCCCAAGUAG